GUACGUUGCUAUAUAAAGUGAAGAGGUAGGCCGGUCGCUCUUUUCCGUCUCGGUCCUUAGACCGUGAUGGCGCCGAAGAAGUCGUCUUUGUGCCUCAAGGCCAAGAAGAAGCCAGUCUGGAAAUUCACCCUCAACCUCUCCAACCCAGUAGAAGAUGGCAUCCUUGACUGCAGCAACUUUGAGCAGUUUCUGCGGGAGAAAGUGAAGGUUGGUGGGAAGACUGGAAACCUGGGCAAUGUUGUCCAGAUUGAGAGCCUAAAAAACAAGAUCACUGUUACGUCAGCCAACAAGUUCUCCAAAAGAUAUCUGAAGUACCUGACCAAAAAGUAUCUGAAGAAGAACAACCUGCGAGAUUGGCUACGGGUUAUUGCUUCUGAUAAGGAGAGCUACGAGCUCCGCUACUUCCAAAUCAGCCAAGAUGAAGAGGAGUCGGAAACAGAGGACUGAACAGAUACUUGAGUUAGGAGACCAAGGACUCUUGUACAAAAAAUGUGUGGUUUUCAGAGAACAUCGAUAUAAAACAUUAUUAACUUAUUAAUAAAUCGCACUUUCACAGAA